CAGUAAUUUGAUCUUGUACAGUGUGACGUUUGCUGCGGAACGUAGCCAAGUCCUGCGAAAUUUGGAGCACUAAUACAAAUAUAAUUAGACAUUAUAUAAGUCGAGUGAAAUAAACGAUUUUAAAAAUAUAAAAUUCUGGACGCCGUUACAACGUUUACGAUCCUCAGCACUACUACACUGAGUCCAGUGACGGAUCAGCCUAUCUUAUCGUAUUAAGUCGUGAUUAUCCAUUAAAAAGUAUAGAAUACUGGAGAAAAUGGCUGUUUGUGUAUCUGUCAUCGGGAAAGAGAAUAGUCCACUGUAUGUUUGGGUUGGUAGUGGAAGGGAGGAGUUGCACUUGCAUUACCUAGCCCACACUGCCUUAGAUGUUAUACAGGAGAAGGUUGCCGCAGUCAGCAAGACUCCAGACACAAGAGAGCUCUAUCUUGGACUUUUGUAUGCCUCUGAGGAGUAUAAAGUUUAUGGAUAUACAACAAACACAAGAAUAAAGUUUGUCAUCAUAACUGAUGCGGGUAACACAACAUUGCGAGAUAAUGAAAUAAGAAUGAUGUUCAGACGACUUCACAACAUGUAUACAAAUGUUGUAUGCAAUCCCUUUUAUAUUCCUGGAGAACAAAUAAAUUCAAGGGAAUUUGACAAAGGAAUAUCAGCCCUGGUUGCAGGAAAUUAGAGGGGCUACAAAAAUAUUGUACAUGGAUUAAAUAUUUUACAACACUUCAUUGUAAACUAGAUGUUUUAACUUAAUUAAUCAAUUAAAUUUUUGUGUAAUUGACUGGUAUUUUGCAACAUUAAUUUUUUGCAUUGUAAAUGCAGAGAAUGAAAGGUGUAGAUAUAUAGAGUAGCUUACGUUUUGUAUAAUUUUGAAAAGAGAGUAGAAUAUUGUCCUAUCCUAGUAAGGCAAAUUACUUGGGAGCUAAUUUAUCAUUGGGCCCUGGAAGAGAAUAUUGAAUGGAAUUGAGAUUUUAGAUUUACAUCUUCAUGAGAAAUGAUAGGCCAGCACUGUUUUGUCAUAACCAUUAUUCAGGCCAGCACUCUGUUUUGUCAUAACCAUUAUUCAUAUUUGUAGUAGAAUUUGGAACCAACUAUUCCAUUAAGAUAUAGGUUUGCUGCAGUGCUCUGUAUUGAUUAUAAAACUACAGUAAGUACUUGGCAGAUUGCAGCAUUUUUUAGUUAUUGCUCGAGGUCAUUAGUAACAAUUUCCUUCCACAUGUCUUGCCUCUUAGUAACUUAUUCCAUACUCUAAAAUAUAAAAUGAUUCAUCCUAAACAUGUGUAAUUCACAGCUGUGUAAUUCAUAUUUUAAACUAAUACAGUGUUUACAGUAGCUCACUGUUAUGCAAAAGCUUUCUGUGGAACUUUCAAUUAGUAAUUUAACAUACUAUUAAUAUUAUAUCACAGAAACUGUACUGAAACCAUUCUGCAUUUAUUGAACACUUGGAUAACCUUCUUUGUGCAAAGGAAAUAAUGACUUAGUAAAUACACUAUAGUACUCUAUAUGUUUUGAAAAUUUGAGUUUCAGUGGGCCCAUUUUUUCUCGAGCUUCUAACAUUUAUAGUUUUGAAUCUCAGAGGGUUAUUUUUUAUUUUAUUAUUUUUUUUUUUUUAAUUUGAUGGAUGUUAAUAAAUGUGUUCUUACUUUAGUUAUAUGUAUUAUAUUUUGAUAUACUAUGGAAUAUUUUUCUUUAUAAGUAAUAACAUAUAACUGAAUAAAAAUCAUUCAUAUUA